AUGCUUAGAUACAAAUCAAUUGUUGAUGAUAUUAUUAUUAUUAUUAUUAUUAUUAUUAUUAUUAUUAUUAUUAUUGUUAUUAUCAUUAUUAUUAUUAUUAUUAUUAUUGUCAAUAUUUAUAUUAUUAUAUUAUUUGUGAUCCAUGAUAACGAGAAAUGA